AUGGGUUUAAUCAUGCUUACGCAAAGCGGGUACAAAUUUAAUUUAUACAUAUCAGUCUAUGGUAAAAAUACUGAAGUUGUUCAUGCUGUGACCAUCAAAGUAAAAUGUCUGGUGCUGCUUGAUCCUGAUGUUCCCAAGUUUGAUCCUAAUCUUCCAUUCUAUAAUGACCAACUUGCAUUAGGAUUGGCAAUGAAUGUAUAUAAAGAUCAAUGCUGGGGAAGCUAUAGAUACACUUUGCAACCACCAGAACCAAAAUCAGUAAUGACAGAAUAUGCUUACAUUGACAUACAAAACCCUGGAAAUUUGUCUAGUCUAUGUUGGUUGCAGGCAGAGCCACCACUCAGCAGCAAUAAAGUGUACCUCUACAGUCACAUCUAUUGUGAUAUGCACCUUGAAGACAAUAGUAGUCCAAAUGAUUUAAUAAUAAAAGCAGUGACAGUCUUGUUUGUCAACAAAGACCUUCACUUACUCUUAAUGGACAUUCCAGAAAAUUCUUUCUCUGUGUAUUUUUCUGCUUUGAAUUUCAAGGACCUUAUGAUGGCAACUGGAAAACUCCCAAUUAAUGUUCUUCCAGGAAAAUUAUCAGAACAGAACAGCAUACUUGGUCUGGAAUUCUCUGGGAAAAACAGAAAUGGUAGACGAGUGAUGGGCAUUUUUCCUGGCCAAGGCUUUGCAACUAAUGUUAUUGCUGAACAAGUUUAUGAUGUUCCACAGUCAUGGAGUUUAGAGGAUGCAGCUACAGUACCUGUUGUCUACACUACAGCAUAUUAUGCUCUCAUCGUAAGAGGAAGGCUGAAACAUGGAGAGACUGUUCUGAUUCAUGCAGGUAGUGGUGGUGUGGGGCAGGCAGCUAUCUCAAUUGCACUGCACAUGAAUUGUACUGUGUAUACUACAGUUAGUAACCAUCAUAAAAAACAAACACUUUGUUCAAUAUUCCCACAGCUUAAGGAAUGCAACUUUGCAAAUUCAAGAGAUACAAGCUUUGAACAACAUAUUCUGAGGGAAACUCAAGGAAGAGGGGUGGAUCUUGUUCUCAAUUCUCUUUCUGGAGAUAAACUACAAGCCUCAGUUCGAUGUGUUGCUGAAUAUGGACGUUUCAUUGAAAUUGGCCAAUAUGAUCUGUAUACAGACAAACAACUAGGUCUUGGUGUGUUUCUGAAAAAUAUUUCAUUUCAUGGAGUCCGUCUGGAUGUACUUUUUGGAUCUCAUCAUGAUGAUGAACUGUAUCAGCUGAAAGAGUUAAUGGAGGAAGGAUUAAGAAAAGGUGUUGUAAAGCCUUUGCCCAGGAAAGUGUUUUCAAGAAAUCAAGCAGAAGAGGCUUUUAGGUACAUGGCUAGUGGACAUCAUAUAGGAAAAGUUCUGCUUUGCAUCAGGGAAGAAGAAAAACACAAUGAGUCCAAGAUAUCCCAGCCCUUGAUGGUACAGGCAAAACCUAGGAUUAGCUUCACUCAUAAUGCAGUCUGUAUUGUUGCAGCAAAAUUAUCUACAAAACUGCAAUACACAGGUGGUCUUGGAGGAGUUGGCCUCCAGCUAUCAAACUGGCUAGUUUCACGUGGCCUACGACAGUUGGUUAUUACAUCUAGAAGAGGUGCAUGCACAGCAUAUCAGCAGCUUUGUCUGGAAAGAUUGAGGAAAAAGGGUGUGGCAGUGCAUGUUGCUGUGGAUAAUAUGUGCACAAAUGGUGGAGCAAAAAGUAUUAUAAACCAGGCAAAUAAAAUGGGCACUGUCAUUGCAAUAUUUCACCUGGCUGUAGUGCUAAGAGAUGGCCUCAUACAAAAUCAAUCAGCGGAAACAUUCCGUGAAGUAUGGGAACCCAAAUAUUCAGCAGCAUACUGGUUAGAUAUGGAAUCUAGAACACUAUGCCCUGAUCUUAAGUACUUUGUAUUUUUCUCAAGUGGAUCUGGACCAUGUGGUGUUCCUGGGCAAUCAAAUUAUGCAUUUGCCAAUUCUGCAGUAGAGCAUCUGGUUGAAUCCCGCAGAGAAUGUGGAUUCCCUGGCUUAUCUAUUCAGUGGGGACCAGUUGCUGAUGUUGGACGUGCAGCAGAUAUUGAAUUUCUAUAUGGAGUAAAACACCAGACAAUAGCCUCUUGCAUGAUGGAACUUGAAAAGCUAAUGCUGAACCCUGAAGCAAGUGUAGCAAGAUGCAUGGUGAUCAACAAUGAUAUCAAUACUUGUUCUUCCAUCAGAGGACAUCAAAGAAGUGCUGACCUGUUGACCAACAUUACUAAAGUUCUUGGACUACCUGACAGUAGCACCUUAUCACCAGACAUGACGUUAGAAUCACUUGGCAUGGACUCAUUAAUGCAAAUAGAGAUACGUCUCUGCAUUGAGAAAUAUUAUGGAAAAUCCCUUAGUGCAGAGGAAGUUCGCACUCUCACUGUUCAGAAUCUGUUUGAUUUUGACAGAGCAUACACAUCAGAACCAAGUGACAGAACAAGUCCCAUUAGUGCAGCCGAUGCACCAAAACAAAUGGAGCAUUUCCAAAUGGAAAGGACAGAAGAGAAACAUUCGAAUGCAGCUGAAAAGGAGUUUGUACUUUUGGACUUCAGUGCUUCUCCACUUGUUCCAGAAGAGACUCUGGUGAUGCUUGCCAAUGAAACUUGUUGUCAGGCAACACCCAUGUUCUUUGUGCAUCCAAUAGAUGGAACUUGCAGACUUUUACAAGAAACUGCACAGAGCAUGAAGAGAGCAGUCUAUGGACUGCAACUUUCUUAUGGAUCACCACGCACAACACUUAUAGAGCUUGCUGCAUUUUAUGUCACACAAAUGCGUGCAGUGCAAGCAACUGGUCCUUAUAUACUUCUUGGUUACUCUGCGGGCGUUGCCAUUGGUAUUGAAAUGGCCAGGCAGUUGGAAGCAUCUGAAGAAACAGUAUUUCUAAUUACACUAGAUUUCUUACUGAAUCCACUGGAAAAUGGUUUUACAACAUUCUCGAUUUUGGAAGUUGGUUUUCUGACACAAACAGUAUCACACUUCGUUUCCAAUCUUGAUGAAGACAAGAAAGGAAGAGAUAAGGAAAUACAUGGGCCUCUUGACAGACCAAAUUUAAAAUUAGAAUAUUGGGAAAUGAGAUUACAACAAAGACAAAUAUAUUAG